CCCUGCAGGUUUGGCCGGCAGCCCCGUCAUCUCCGAUAUCUCCCUGAUCCGCCUUUCACCCGCCGCCGUUGCCACUGGCGAGUCCCCCUUCAGCCCGCCUCACCCCUACGUCAGCCCCCACAUGGAGCACUACCUGCGCUCCGUGCACGGCAGCCCCACCCUGUCCAUGAUCUCCGCCGCCAGAGGACUCAGCCCUGCUGACUUGGCCCACGAGCAUUUAAAGGAGCGCGGGCUGUUCGGGCUCCCUCCUCCUCCCGGGGCCAGCCCGGCAGAGUAUUACCACCUGAUGGCGAGCCACCGAAGCCCGUACGGCGAGCUGCUGAUGCAGGGGGCAGGGGCUGCAGCGGCAGGGGCCCACCUGUCUGACUACAUUACCCCCAUCGACGUGUCGCGGUUCUCCAGCCCCAGACUGACGCCCCGGCUGAGCAGAAAGAGGGCGCUGUCCAUCUCGCCACUGUCAGACGCCAGCAUCGACCUCCAGACGAUGAUUCGCACCUCGCCAAACUCACUGGUCGCCUACAUCAACAACUCACGGUCCAGCUCGGCAGCCAGCAGCUCCUAUGGACACCUGUCUGUCGGAGGACUCAGCCCGUCCUUCCCGUUCCCUCACCCCAUCAACCCGAUGGCGUACCAGCAGCUGCUGUCCCAGCAGCGGGGGCUCAGUGCCUUCGGUCACACUCCGCCUCUCAUCCAGCCUCCGCCCACCUUCUCCAGCCGCCAGACGGGCCUCGGCCUCUCCUCCCUGCCCGCUGCCACCCAUAACGACAUGUCGUCCAAGAACCACGGCGGCGACUCGGCAGUCAGCAGCACGGUCGACCCCAUGAUCACCAAAAGGUCAAAGGUCAAGAUGGAAACAGAGGGAUUGAGGCCAUUGUCUCCUUGUUCACCGAACCACCACGGCAGCUCGCUGGACCUGAAGGACGACGUGGACCGGGACGACUGUAAGCAGGAGCCCGAGGCCGUCUACGAGACGAACUGCCACUGGGAGGGCUGCAGCAAGGAGUACGACACGCAGGAGCAGCUGGUCCACCACAUCAAUAAUGACCACAUCCACGGAGAGAAGAAAGAGUUUGUGUGCCGCUGGGAGGAGUGUUCGCGGGAGCAGAAGCCCUUCAAAGCUCAGUAUAUGCUGGUGGUUCACAUGCGCCGACACACGGGGGAGAAACCACACAAGUGCACGUUCGAGGGCUGCUCCAAAGCCUACUCCCGUCUGGAAAACCUCAAAACCCAUCUGCGCUCGCACACCGGAGAGAAACCGUACGUGUGUGAGCACGAGGGGUGCAACAAAGCCUUCUCCAACGCCUCGGACCGAGCCAAGCACCAGAACAGGACGCACUCCAACGAGAAACCAUACGUAUGUAAGAUCCCCGGCUGCACCAAGCGUUACACGGACCCCAGCUCACUCAGGAAGCACGUUAAGACGGUCCACGGCCCAGAGGCCCACGUCACCAAGAAGCAACGCGGCGACCUUCCGCCCAGGCCGCCGGCGGCCCGGGAGAACGGCGAGAACGAGGCAGGUAACAGAGACAGAAUCCAGAGGGACAACAAGACGUCGGACAACAGCUCCCCCAGAGGCGUGGACGACUACCUGCACGUCAAAUCCAUCAAGACGGAAAACUCUGUGAUGUAUCAGUCCAGCCCUGGCGGUCAGUCAUCAUGUAGCAGCGAACCAUCACCACUUGGCAGCGCCACCUACAAUGACAGUGGAGUAGAAACGGCGGCGCACAGCGGGGGAAGCCUGGGGGAUCUCAGCGCCGUGGACGACCUGCCUUUCGUGGAGUCCUUUGGCUGCGAAGACACCGGUGGCGGCGGGGUCGCGAUGGUGGUGGGUCUCCAAUUCCGAAAGCAUCUCAGCACCAGCCGGCGCUUGGUGCAUAUGAAGAAGGAAAAGCUAAAGACAGUGAGGGACUCGUGUCAGUGGGCCAGUGACCCAACACCCCCGGCCCUCGGCACCAAGCUGCCCCCCAUACUAGCAAGCGGUUCCCUCCUGGACAGUCCGAGUAUGGGUGGUGGUCUGGUGUCCUUCCCUGGUUCUGGCUUUGGUGAUCUGAGCCCCGGUAAAACAACUCUGCUGGAAAACCUCUCAGAUCGGCGUGACAGCACCUCCAGCACCCUGAGCUCAGCUUACACCCUCAGUCGCCGCUCCUCAGGCAUCUCCCCUUGCUAUUCCAGUCGGCGCUCCAGCCAGACGUCGCAGUUUGGCGCCAAUCGCCCCAACAACCUUAGCUCCGCCGACUCCUACGACCCCAUCUCUGCCGACAUGUCCCGUCGCUCCAGUCAGGCCAGCCAGUGUGGGGGAGGCAGUGGAGGAGCAGGAGGAGGAGGUGCACCAAGCCCUCUCAAUCUGACCCCAGCCCAGCACUACCGCCUCAAGGCGAGAUACGCUGCUGCCACCGGAGGCGCACCGCCUACACCUCUUCUAUACAUGGACCGAAUGUGUCUGAAGACAGCACUGGGGGACUCCCAGGAAUCCUCCACCACACACAGAGGCCUGUAUUCCAGUCAGUACAGCAGAUACACCACGCGGAGCCUGAUGCCCCAUGAGGUGCCAUCCAACAUGCUCCGUCGAGCCAGUGACCCUGUGAGACGUGUGGCCGUAGAUUAUUCGGGCCAGCCACAAAUGCAGCGCUAUAAUAGCAUGGGUACCCUGAGCGGAGGGCUAACCAUGCAGCCCCGUCCGCCUCCUGCAGCAGAUAGUCAACAUCUAUCCCAGCAAGGCUGCCUGCGACCUGAUCCCCAGCGCUACCCUUACAGCCUGCGACCGCCCAGCAUCCCAGAAAACGCAACUGUGGGAAUGAUAACAGCUGACAUCCCAGAGGAAGAGUUGGUGCUGCCGAACCUCAACACCAGGAGUGACACAUUGAAUCAACAAGAUUCCCACAAUCUCCAGCACCAGUUGUACUAUCAGAGAAGGAUCACCGUCACAAACAUGAACCUGCCCAAUCAGGUUCCGGCCUCCUCCAGCAUUAGUCCAAGGGACAGUAAGGCCAACCUACUUGAUCACUGGAAGAAAGGACCCAUAGAUGCCAGCCAGCGCUACUCCAAACUACAGGUUCAAGGGAACCUGGCUGUCCUUCAGCAGAACCAGAACUUUGGAUCUUUUCACAACAAUCUCAGCUACAACCAGCAGAUGAUUCAGAACCUCGUAAACACUACACAACAGACGUGCAGACAGCUGAAUACUGAACCAAACUGUUUCCAGCAGUCGUCAAACCUCAAUGAAGCACUUGGCUCUCAGUGCAGGUUCAACAAAGGCAUCAGUCCCUUUGAUAAAAACUGUAACACCAUUUAUCCACAGUGUAACAGCCUGCUGAGCCCCACAUGCAAACAGGAGCCAGCUGACUUUGCUAAUGCUGGAUUUCAGCCAGUCCAGGUUAAAACUGAAGACUGUCACGAGUCGAUCAUGAUUUCAGAUGAACAGAACUGUAACACGACCACCCAGAACCCCUUGCAAACUGGGAAUCAAAGCCAGCCAACGGGACCUACAUCUCUAAACGGGCACCUUUCAGGUCCAAAAGUGAUGCACCCAAGUUAUGCUUCCCGUGAUGUUGCUAGUGGAGUUUUAGGAAUUAGCAGCAACAACUCUGAUGACAAUGCCUUGUUCUACACGGGGCAGAUCCAAGUGUUUCAUGUUCCUCCCACGGUGAAUGUACCUGCUUUAGAAAAUGAUGCAGUGUCUCCCAGUUCGCCAAACACUGCAGACUGUUCUGUCGAGCAGGCGCAGAUAGACUUUGACAGCAUGCUGGACGACGGGGACCACUCCAGCCUCGUGUCGGGAACCCUGAGUCCGGGUCUACUCCAGAGCUUGUCCCAGAGUUCCUCCCGCUUGACCACGCCCAGGAACUCUGUGACGUUGUUGCCCUCGGUGCCAACGGGGACAGGGAACAUGGCCAUCGGGGACAUGAGCUCGCUGCUGACCUCUCUGGCAGAAGAGAGCAAGUUCCUCAACUCGAUGUCAUAGCAAGGCAGAAAUAUAUUUGCUGAAUUAUUGAACUCCUGAUGCACAACAAACAUUUAAAAUUGAUGUGAUUGUGUGCUUAAAAACAUCUGCAGUGUUCUCUUGUACAGUCUUAUUUGUUAGUUAUUUAAAAUGGCAACUUUCUUUCUUCUUUGAAAAGCCAUAUUUCUGCUUUCUUUGUUUUUGCCUUAGGUAGUAAAUAUCAGAAUUAUUUCAGUUGUUGUACAGCUGUGCAAAGAGAUCAGUUUACUAAGUGCCUGGCUCUGCCGAAACAUAUGCAUCCUGUGCAUAUGAUUACAUUUAAAAUGUGGAAAUGCAAGCAGGUGAUUAUCUGAUACCUGCACAUCUGGAAUGUACCAUCACCACCAACCUGUUUCACGCUGUAAAUGACUCGGACUGAACCUUCUGCUAUUUCAUCACAGCAUUUCAAGUUUACAGUCACUGUCCUCAGUGAGCCAUGAUGUGAUUGCUGCACAGAUUAACUGUGACAUCUCAUCAUCUGGCAUCGGAGACUUGAUUUGUGACUGAAUUAUGAGUAUUAUAAUUCGGUUGAGCAUCUGAAAAGUGAAUUGAGCCUUUUCUUUUGUACAUUGUUGUGCCAGUUUCGUACGCUGGCUGAAAAUGUAAAUAUCAUUUGUACAUUUUUAAGAAAUACAAUAUUGACAUUGAUUUUUUUAAACAA